AUGGAAGAGGGAAGCAAACAGACGAAUGGUAAGGAGGGCAUGGUGCAGGUGGUGAACGGAGUUGAUGAAGUGAGUGAUAAGAAAAAGGAGAAAAAGGCAAAAAAGUUAGCAGAGAAAGAGAAGAAGCUAGCGAAAAAGGCAGAAAGGGAAAACCUAAAAAAUGAAGCCACUAAAAUUUUGGAGCACGUUUGUGAGGACAUAGAAAAGGAAAGCUAUGGUUUUGUUAAAGUCAGCAAAAUGAAGGAAAAUAAAAAUAACAUCAGGUUGUUAAAUUUGGAAGAAAUAUACAACACGUUGAUGAAGGUAGGAGGGUGUGUUAGUGUGGAUAGUGCAAAGAGAGAGGACACCGGUAGCCACUCUGCAGUAGCUGCGGGGCAUGGAGGAGAAGACCUACUCGCAAGUGAUAUCUGGGUUAGAGGAAGGAUACAUGAUAUCAGGAGCAAAGGGUCAUUAGCCUUUAUUAUUUUGAGGCAAAAACUAUACUCCAUGCAAUGUAUACUAGACAUAAAAAAUAAUGAAAAGAAUAAGAACAUGAUUAAAUGGGUAAGCAACCUUCCUCUAGAGUCUAUAGUAGAUAUAAGUGGGAAGGUAGUGAAGCCGGAAGUACCAAUCGAUAGCACAAAUAUUAAGUACGAAGUACACAUAAAGAAAAUAUUUUGUAUAAGUAAGACGAGCAAGGAGUUGCCCUUUUUGUUAAAGGAUGCAAAUAUGCAAGAAACAAAUGAAGAAGGAAGCAUUAAGGUUAAUCAGGACAAUCGCUUAAACAACAGAUGUAUUGACUUGAGGACUUAUGCCAACUACAGCAUCUUCUGUUUGCAAUCUCAAAUCUGUACCAUCUUUAAAAAUUUUCUGCUACAAAAUAAUUUCAUCGAAAUACAUACUCCAAAAUUAUUAGGCGAAAGCAGUGAAGGAGGAGCCAAUGCUUUUCAGAUUAACUACUUCAACCAGAAGGGCUUCCUAGCACAGUCCCCUCAAUUAUACAAGCAGAUGUGUAUUAACUCGGGAUUUGACAGAGUAUUUGAGGUGGCCCCUGUUUUUCGAGCUGAAAAUAGCAACACGUAUAGGCACCUCUGUGAGUACGUGUCGUUAGACAUUGAAAUGACUUACAAAUAUGACUUUAUGGAGAAUGUUUUUUUUUACGAUUCAUUGUUUAAACAUAUUUUCACCGAAUUAACAAAGGGGGGUAAGAGUGAUAUGCUUAUUAAGACUGUAAAGGGACAAUACCCAUGUGAAGAUUUUCAAUGGCUAGAGGUCACUCCAAUUUUUACUUAUGAAGAGGCCAUAAAAAUGCUAAUAAAACAUAAUAAGCUUGAUUUAAAAGAGGAAGAAAUUUUAUCCUAUGAUAUGUCCACUGAUAUGGAAAAAGAGUUGGGAAAAAUUGUGAAGGCUUCUCAUCACACAGAUUACUACAUCAUUAUAAACUUCCCUUCUGCACUCAGACCUUUUUAUACCAUGUACAACGAAGACGACCCCGCCAUCUCUAACUCGUAUGAUUUCUUUAUGAGGGGAGAGGAAAUUUUGUCUGGGUCGCAGAGGAUUAGCGAUGUGAAUUUACUGCUGGACAAUAUCAAGCGGUUUAACUUGGACCCGACCAAACUCAAUUUUUACAUCGACUCGUUUGCCUACUCGUCGUAUCCCCACUCGGGAUGCGGUAUUGGCCUCGAGCGAGUCCUCAUGCUUUUCCUGGGACUCAACAACAUCCGCAAGACGUCGCUCUUCCCGCGGGACCCCAAGCGCCUCAUUCCGUGA